AUGGAAAUCCAUUUGAAAACCCGCCCCCUUCUACUCUCCCGCAAGUAUGCCGAGCAAGCACUGCACACACAUUCUAGACCUCGAUCUAAAGUGACACAGAAACCACACAUCUUACAAGAUCUUCAUAUCGUCUUCACACAUCCAGACUACCGACGCAGAGAGGUUGGUCAACAGUUCAUGAACUAG